AUGAAGCGCUUCCUGGGAUCUCUGAGCAGGCGCUCAAGUGAGUAUCUCACCGUCUCCAUGUCUCCCCGCAUAUCCGCUGACUUGUACCUGAACAUAGGCUCCAGCGACAGUGUCGAACAUCGUGAAGACUCACCAGAAGCCAUUGUCCUCAAAGAACUGACUGCCUUCUGCGAAUCGAAUGCAAAUGAGAAUGCGAAUGGCUCGCGUGACGCGCAGGGAACAGAAUUCGUUCACCUCCCCAGAAUCGUCGAAGCUGCCGAAUCGAGCCCCAAUGCUGCCAAGGAAGCGGCUUUGCGCAUUCGCAAGUACCUUUCCGAUCCUGCCGGCACCCCGAACAAUACCCAGUACAAUGCGAUCAUGCUUAUGCGUAUCCUGGUCGACAAUCCGGGCCACACCUUCACGCGCAACUUCGAUGCCAAAUUCGUGACGACCGUCAAAGAGCUGCUGCGCACAGGACGUGACUGGCACGUGCAAAGCUAUCUCCGCGAGUAUUUGGAUACCCUCGAGCAACAGCGCGCAUGGGACGAAGACAUCAAACUGCUGCUGCAGAUGUGGGCGAAGGAGAAGACGAAAGCCUCGCACGGUUUGAUCGACCGUUUCCCAAUGAAUUCCGUCGUCCCACCGCAAGUCCCAGCCAGACCUCCCGGUCACCACCAGCAGACAUAUAGACAGUCCCGCGCGCCGGCAAAUUCCCUCCCCAACCCAGUGGAACUAGCAGCCCGCAUCGAGGAAGCGCGCAAUUCGGCAAAACUGCUAACGCAGUUCGUUCAGUCCACGCCACCGGUAGAGCUGGAAGGCAACGAGCUCAUCAAGGAGUUCGUUGACCGCUGCGGGACCGCUUCGCGUUUAAUUCAAGGAUAUAUCCACAUGAACAACCCAGCCCCGGACGAGGACACCCUAUUGACACUCAUUGAGACGAACGACGAGAUCUCCGUGGCGAUUUCGCAGCAGCAGCGUGCCAUGCUGAAGGCGCGAAAGAUCACAGGAUCUUCGUCGCCGACCUCGUCCAAUUUGAAUAGUCCAUCGCCGACGUCGCAGACUGUCGCACCAGCCGCUACGAGUUUCUCUCCUCCCCCCGGGCCCCCUCCUCUGAUUGAAACACGGAGCCCUGAGACCUCUGCACCCGUCGCGGCACAACUGCCUUCUCCGACCAUGACUGGUGGCCGGCCACUUGCUUCCCACCCCGUCUCGGGAUCCGCGACUACUGGACGAUAUGAAUACAACGCCGAGGAUUUCCAGGUGCGGAAUCCUUUCGCCGAUGACUUUGCUACCAAUGACUCGGAUGAGAGGAAUCGCGUACAUGGUAAUUCGCAGCCCCAGAGUGAUCGCGUGCGCUUCCAGCCUACUGAGCAGGAGCGCUAG